UCCACUUGUAUUCUCUUCUUCAAUCUGAGUUCUUCAGGCGUAGGAGAGAGCAAUGGCUGGAACAGAGCAAAACCAGAGAUAAUGCCUUAAGGGCAAGACCGCACUUGUAACUGGUGGAACCAAAGGGAUCGGGCAUGGUAUAGUUGAGGAACUUGCGGGAUUUGGAGCAUUGAUACAUACUUGUGCGAGAGAUGAAUCUCAGCUUAAUGAGUGUUUAAGUGAAUGGAAAAAGAAGGGAUUUCAAGUCACUGGUUCAGUCUGUGACGCAUCUUUGAGAACAGAGAGAGAUAACCUUAUGCAGACUGUGUCUUCAGUGUUUGGUGGCAAGCUCGAUAUCCUCAUAAACAAUGUUGGAGGGAUUCGGGCAAAGCCGACAGUGGAUUUUACAGCAGAGGAUUUCUCGUUUCAUUUUACGACCAACUUAGAGUCUGCUUUUCAUCUGAGCCAGCUUGCACAUCCUCUUCUCAAGAGUUCAGGAUGUGGGAACAUUGUGUUCAUAUCUUCUGCUGCUGGCAUUUUAUCGUUUACUGUAAUUAGCUCCAUCUACUCUGCAACAAAAGCGGCGAUGAAUCAGCUAGCAAGGAAUCUGGCAUGUGAGUGGGCUAGUGAUGGAAUUAGGGCUAAUGCUGUGGCUCCUGGAGUCAUUGCGACUCCUCUAGCUGGAGAGGUGUACGAUGAUGAGUUCAAGAAGGCGGUAGAGUCUAGAAAGCCAUUGGGGCGUUUCGGGAAGCCUGAAGAAGUAGCCUCGGUGGUAGCUUUUCUAUGUAUGCCUGCAGCUUCUUACAUAACUGGUCAGACCAUUUGUGUAGAUGGAGGUCUCACUGUCAAUGGUUUCUCGUAUCAGCCACAAGGUUAAAUCCAAUGUCCGAAACAACCAAUAAACUCAACUUUGUUAAAAUAAGUUUCAGUGUCGAGACUUGGCACGUAAGAACUCUUUUCAUCUGCAAGAAGGCAUCUAAAGUAUAUGAGGCUAUGACCCAUAGAAUCUUAUUGUAUGUUUAAUUUCUAGCUCCAUAUUAUAUUUGAUCUCAUCUAAAUAAUAUAAAUUCAGGACCUUAAAUAA